GAAGCGCGAGAGAAAAGAACAAAUUAAGGAAAAGGAGACGGGGCAGGCGGACAUGAGCUGGUAUUGUUGACGGCAUUGCUGGCGUUGCAGGCGGAGAUGGCUGGGGCUGUGGACGUGGCUCGCAGUGGCUCGCAGUGGGACUCAACACCCCUUCGGCCACGGUCAUAGCUUUGCUCACUAAACUCUAUGGCCACGGAAAUGGCGUGAUCGGCGAUGGCGUGGUGCUGGCGUGGUUCACGCCGUGCGAACACCCCGUCAUCCCUGUAGCUGUGGCUUGCACCUCUAUAAAAUGGGCUUGAUACGGCGAUCGCUCCUGGGUUUGUCUUCUGCCAGGUGCUCCUGCUGCUUCUUUGCCGCCGUUUCUUGUGCAAGGAUAUGGCUGCAGUAUUCCGGGCGAGAGGACCUUCUUUCAAAGCCAGCUUCAGCAUCCUGUCUGUCAUCGAGCCCAUCUGGGAUGUGUCGCCAGUGAAAUGUUUAACAGCAUGAUCGACAAUUGGUCCUGGACAAUCCGGGCUGGUGACUGCAGUGCAGCUUUCCUGCCCAUGAAGACAGUGAUGGAUCAUGAACCACUGUCACUUCAAGAAGCAGGUCCGCCCCUUCAGGCACUCGCACAAUGUGGCCUUGUGUCAGACUUGAGAUGUCCAAGCAUCAAGCUCAUGGACAAGUGGUUCACAGCCUCUACACACUGCAGAGCCUCUUGAUUGUGUUGCAGAGCCUGCAGAAAUUUUGCCACAUGGAACAGCUGUAGGAGACGACAAUGAAAACCGAGAUCCUGUGGAGUGCCUGCAAUAUCUGCAGCAAUUUCUAACCGUAUGCGACAACAAUGAAAGCUAAAGUCCUGUGCUGUGCGUGGAAUCUCUGCAGCAUUCUCCAACUGUUUGUGAUGACAAUGAAAACCAAGGUCCUGUGGAGUGUGUGCAAUCUCUGCAGCAUUCUUCGACUGUACGCGACGGCAAUGACAACCAAAGUCCUGUGGAGUGUGUGGAAUCUCUGCAGCAUUCUUCGAGUGUACGCGACGGCAACGACAACCAAAGUCCUAUGGAGUGCCUGGAAUCACUAUAUUAUUCUCCAUCUGAUGAACCACAUCCGAGGGACAAACACGAGAGCCGGAGCCCUUUAGAAGCUGUGGCAAAGACUCGAUGCACUGCACUUGAUGAACCAGCUCCAUGUGCCAGCUACAAAAGGCGAAGUACAAGUCCCUGGGAACUGUCUUCUUCUGCAAGCAUCUCCGCUACGCUCGCUACAAAGCACACCCGUCGACCAAAGGACAUCAUCAGGUGGCUUCAGGGGCAGGUCUCCAAAUAUAAGAAGACAAUUGCCAGGCUGCAGAAACGACAGCUGUGCUCAGGAGAAGGGAGGCAGCAGCUUCCGCGACCACGGACCGGGGAGGGGACGUUCGUGAGCUGGCCAGCGACGACUCCAGCUCCUGAGCCUCGACUGCGUCGCCGUGGCUUCGUUCCGCGGCCCCGGUCCAACCCCACGCUGCCGUAACUAGUUGCCGUCCUGUGCCACGAAGGAAAUCGCCUGGCUACGUCAGCGGCACAACGGCCCACUAGCCCAGACCGCGUCCGGUGCCACGCGGGUCUCUGCGGAAGACUACAACCUCAUCGCUCUUGUCAGAGGUCGACGCCCACGCUGUGUCGAAACCACGCAGGCCAACGUCCUUUGCCACGCUGGGCCGGGGUCCGACACGACUGGCGAGGGUCAGAACGUUCGCUUGCUCGUGACGUCGCGUUGGUUAGUCGAGCGGAAGAACAAUAUGUAGUUGAGGGCUCUUUUUUCUUGUUUAUGUGUAAAGCUAGUUUUUGGAGUGUCUCGUGUGUGUAUAAUGUUUAUAGUGUGUCACGGCAGUUUGCUGUUUUUUUUUCUUUCGUUAUUUUUUCUUUGAGAUAAAUGCUUUUUUACAUAUUUGAAA